AUGAAACAAAAAAGGUAUUCUAAUUUCUUCGAUCAAGAUGAGGAGCUAGCUUAAUUCUAAUAUCACUCAACAAUCUCAAAAAAUGACUCUUAAAAUUACAAAUACAAAAAUAAUAGAAUUUCAGAAUUCUUGCAAAAAAAUCCUCAAGAUCGAAAUCUAUAAGUAAAUAACAUCAACACAAAUAAUAAUAUUGAAAAAGCAAAGAGCUUAAUAGAUCUUAAACGAUAAAAUUAAUUAUAUCAAAUAGGUUUAAAGUUCAAGAAGAUAAUAAAGGAAGAUUUUAUAUUAAAUAAAAAAAUAGUAGAAUUCAAAGAUAUUUUUGGGUAGUGCUGCACUUGCAUGAUAGGAAAUGAAGUCGAAUAUCCUUAAUUCUAAAAUAAUGAAGUUUACUAUCUUUCUGGAGUGCAAAUUAAGGAAUCUAUAAAAUACAAUAAGGAUUUCUAGAUUAUGAUACAGAAAGGCAAAAUCACUUAAUACCCUCCAGAUGAAUAAGUGUAAUAAAUUAAACCUAUAGAACAAGAACAACAAGGCAAUAAUCUAGAUAUCAACUCUUCCACUCAGAAUUCUUCAAUUGUCAAUCAAUUUUAAUAAAUUGAAUUCGCUUCACAAAGCUCUACAAUAAAGACAUAUUUUAAUAUUUUAGCAAUUGUUAUUUAAUAAUUUGAUAAAAAAUAAAUCUGGAGCUAAAAAUGUGGACGCUAUUUUGAUUUUGUUAAAGUUGAGGCUAUGGAUUAAGAUGGAUUUUUAGCAUCCAUUACAUUAUGGAAUACAUUUUUAGAACAUAAAUUCACUCCUUAUUAAAUAGUGUUUUUCUAAAAUUUAGAAUUAAAGACUAUAUAAGGAAGUUAAUAUCUUUAAACUAUUGACGGUAUAUCAAAAAUUACAAUUGAUGAUUCAUAAUUAUAAUUCUUACACAAGUAUUUAAUUACUAAUUUUAGUUAUUGUGAGAUAAAGGCAAUGAUGACAAGGCAACUAGAAAAUAUAAAAUUUAAGAAACUUAUAUCUUAUCGAGAAAUAUUAUAAUAAAAUCCUAAUUGA